GCAAAGAGGAGGCUGCUUUGUUCUCUCUGCUUUGCAAAAACUUCCUCGGUGCGCCUCCUGGAAUCUGGUGAGUCUCUUCUCUCUUCCCCCUUGGGGUGCAGCGGGGAGAAGGGGGUCCCAGGGCUGCAAGGGAGGAGGCACGCCCCCCCCGUUCAGCUCAUGCGUGGAGGGGGAGACCCCCAAGUCAGGGAGCAGAGGGUCCUGCCCCCAGUUCCUCUCUGCCAAGCCAGGGAGGGGCUGAGUGUCCAGCAGGUCUGCAACUCUGUUCUUCCUUUGGGGCAACAAAAAGAGGGCAUGCAAAUAAGCCCCCUUCAGAUUGAGGGGAAAGUCGCAUUUCAUAACACAGAGAAGCAUCCAAGGACUCCGAGGAAGGAGAAGCCCUGUGGAGUGGGGAGAUACAGCCCCCCCCAAGUGUGGAGACUGGAGGGGAGACCCACGAUCUACUCAAAUACAAUUCCCAGAGUUCCCUGGCAAGAAGGGUGGAUUGGUGACCACUCUGGGAAUUGCAGUCUUUGGGCAGCAGGGCUGAAGCUGUCUCCUUGCAACUCUCAGGGUCCUGAACCAAUUCUGGCUCCCAGGAUUCUUGGGAGGAGUCACUAGGGCCGGGUGAGAUCUGGUUUCCAACCUUGUGAUGGAUCAGCAGCUAAACAUCUGCCCCCUCCCAGCACAGAGUGGCAUGUGCCACUCUUGGGAGCAGGAGCUGCAUCCAGCCUUGCUCAGCUCAACAUUUUUAGGAAGACCAAGCCCCUCCUGCCCUGGCAAGGCACUGGGGUGAAGCUGCCACGUCAUCAGCAUCCUGUGUGAAUAAUAAUAAUAAUAAUAAUAAUAUUUACCUGCCAACCAUCUGACUGGGUUUCCACAGACGCUCAGGGCGGCUUCCAGCACAUAUAAUAUACAGGGCUGCCUUCAGGUGUUUUCUUAAGGUUACAUAGUUACUCAUCUCCUUGACAUCUGAUGGGAGCGUGUUCCACAGGAAGGGCGCCACUACCAAGAAGGCCCUCAGCCUGCUUCCCUGUAACUUAUCUUCUUGCACGGAGGGAACCGCCAGAAGGCCCUUGGUGCUGGACCUCAGGGUCCAGGCUGAAUGAUGGGGGUGAAGAUGCUCCUUCGGGUAUCCUGGGCCGAGGCCGUUUAGGGCUUUAAAUGUCAGCACCAACACUUUGAAAGUAGAUCCUUUAGGAGCGGUCUUACAUGGUUCCAGCAGCCACUCCCAGUCACCAGUAUAGCCUCCGCAUUCUGCAGAACACUAAGUGAAUGACACAGAAGCUGCUGCAGACUAAAGUUAGAAAAGCAUUAAUUGCUACAAAUGGUAUAAGGAAACAUGAUACGGAAUUGAGGGAAAAGAUGAUGGUGACCUGUUGUGGUUACAAAAUUUCUGGUCUCUCCCCGAGUGCCAUGGGCCCUGCUCCAAAGAGAGCUUCUCUAAAGAAAGCACAACCAAAAAUCACUCCAUUUUGCGUGAAUAAGGAAAAUGAGGAGGUGGCUAAGAAACAGCAGGAGCCAGAUCCUAUUCCCAACCUUCUAGGGUCUCUCAGCAGCUCUAAUGAUGAGCAGAAAAAGUUUGGGGCCCAACCAGCUCAACUGCUAAGUCAUCUCUUGCAUUGAGAUGUGGGGGCACCUACAUGUAAUAGCUACUCGGCUAUUUUCUGCCGAUGCUCUGGGGCUGCAGUUUUCAGGCUUGGGGACAGGAUGGUGCCUGGUUUUUGCACCAAGUUCUAUUCAUAAGCCCCACUGAGUUCAAUGGGGUCACUAGUGUGCAUACCAUGCCAGCCUUACAAAGUGGGGUGAGGUGCAAACAGAUUUAAUUGGAAUCACUGGAGAUGUUUCAAAUGGGGUUUCUGUUGGAAAGGGGCUGCCCCAUUUGUGCUUCUUCAGGAGCAGGAGAAUAUCUAGGGCAGAAGAAUCCCUGCAGGGCCUCUGAGGCUCCCUUUGUUUCUUCCUCUCUCCCAGGACCCUGUAGCUUGUGGUGGCUUCUCGACUCCUCAGGAAGGAUGAAAGAGACUGAAUCUGUAAACCUAGUGAGGAUGGAAGGGGGAAGAUGGACGGUUGACCUGGUCAGGUUGUCUCCUGCAUCCCUCCUCACAGCCUCUGAGCGUUCCGUCCCAGGGACCUCCGAGAGAUCUGGUGAGUCCCAGGGGAGGGGAGAUGGGGACAUGGCUGGAUGGGGGUGUAGAUGUAUCGGGGCUUGCUUAGCUUGGGGGUGGGAUGAGGCAGGCAGGCGGAUGGAGAUUGAGAAGGUGAGCACCUUUUUGUGCUCCUCCACCAGCCUGCCUGCCUGCCUGCGCCUUUGACAUCUGCAAGAAAUUUGAGCUAGGAAUACAUCACAGCUCCCCGGCCACCGCGAUGUAUUGGCAGCUCAAGAUGUCUAGAACCUGUACUGUGAUUGAAUGCCUUACCAGUGUCAGAGAACUCACUGAUCCAUCAGGCAGCACUAGAAGCAACGGCUCUUUAAAGUAACCUGCUUUACAGAUUGAACACAGAUGGGGCCCCUGUGUUUUGUCUUUUUCUUUUCUUUUAGGAAUAACUUUUCUUUUAAAAACAAGGAUCAUAUAGGACUCAUAAAUGAUACAAAUAUGUAGAUUUGAUUAUCAAAUCAAAUUCUCAUAUGAUUUCUCAAAUGAAUUCUCAUGUGAUUCUCAAAAAUAAUCUUCUCAUAUGAUUCUCAAAAAUAGCAGAAUAAAUUUACAGGAAUAUCUAUAACAUAUGGUUUAUCAUUAGUGGUCAGUGUAUGAGUUCUGAGUUCAUGAAUUGGUUUAAAUUGGGGGGGAAAGGAGAGAUAGGAGACAACAGAGUACAUUCAACAUCUCCUAGCCGAAUGCCUCGUCAGGAGCUCUUGUGACUGUUGUGCUUAGAUUAAGUGUGAGUCAUAGUCAUUUUUCCUCUACUGUUCCCAAUGAAACAAUACAGAGUUGGUCUCCUUAUGAACAUGGGAGGGUGGUUCCAAGUGAAGAAAGUGAUUUAUAAAUUUAAAUUGAGACCAACCAGAUUGAGAUAAAUGCUGAUGGGGAGCGUGCAAAUGAAGAUGUUCCUGUUUGUUGAGGCAUGGAGAUUGCUGGAUCCUGACCAGAGAGCUCUGCAUAAGGAAGUCAAGGAGGGAAUCGGGAAUCAUGCACCCUCUCGGUAAAGCUCCCGUUGGAUCAUAAGAUGAGUUUUGACAUUCCAUACAUACCUCUAUGUGAUGAACCUCCACUGUUUGGAUGGAGACCAACAGCAUCUGGGAUUCUAACAUCCUCACCGUGAUCCCUGUAUGGAGGGAUAUCAACUGGUUUCUUUGUGAAUAUUCUUCAUCUAGUCAUGCCUUUUUAAACAAUGACCAGGCUUGCCUGAACUGCCCAGGCCUUCUUAAAUGUCAGCUUGAAAGUUUUUAGGGAAGUUGAAGUAACUUCUGUCAGGUUUGAUGUUUUUGCUUUUGCUUCGGUCUGCAUUUUGUUGACCAAAGAGAUGACUGACCUUUGAGAUGGAGUGGACUCCAUGACUGAGCUAAACAAAUCUAUCCCGGAUAAAAGCCAAGCAGUUCCAGCCAACAAAGGCAGUGUAAACUGUAGUAAGGCCUCACAUCUAACUCCCUUCAGUUCUUCCUCUAUCACAAGCAUUCAUUAACAUUGUUCAAUAAUGUGGAGCUCUAUUUCUUCCUGAGGUUCUAAUUAGCUUCUCUCUUCAUUGCAGAUGGUGAUGAAUUGGAAGGGAAGAACAAGGGGAACCACAACAGAAUCCACAUAGCGGAGAGGUCCGAUAAAUAUUCAAAGUGUGGAGAGAACACCCAUCAGAGCUCCCAGUCCUCCUCCCAUCAAACAAAGAGCUUAAUUCGAAGGAAAAGCCUCACUUCCCAUCAAAGAAUUCAUACUGGGGAGAAAACAUAUCAGUGCUUGGAAUGUGGGAAGAGCUUCAGUCAGAGAAAACAUCUCACUUGUCAUCAAAGAAUUCAUACUGUGGAAAAACCCUAUCAGUGCUUGGAAUGUGGAAAGAGCUUCAGUCGAAAGGACAUUCUCACUUCCCAUCAAAGAAUUCAUACAGGGGAGAAACCAUAUCAGUGCUUGGAAUGUGGAAAGAGCUUCAGUCGAAAGGGCAUUCUCACUUCCCAUCAGAGAAUUCAUACCGGGAGGAAACCCUAUCAGUGCUUGGAAUGUGGGAAGAGCUUCAGUCGAAAGGACAUUCUCACUUCCCAUCAAAGAAUUCAUACAGGGGAGAAACCAUAUCAGUGCUUGGAAUGUGGAAAGAGCUUCAGUCGAAAGGGCAUUCUCACUUCCCAUCAGAGAAUUCAUACCGGGAGGAAACCCUAUCAGUGCUUGGAAUGUGGGAAGAGCUUCAGUCAAAAGGACAUUCUCACUUCCCAUCAGAGAAUUCAUACCGGGAGGAAACCCUAUCAGUGCUUGGAAUGUGGGAAGAGCUUCAGUCGAAAGGACAUUCUCACUUCCCAUCAAAGAAUUCAUACAGGGGAGAAACCAUAUCAGUGCUUGGAAUGUGGGAAGAGGUUCAGUCAGAUGCAGGGUCUCACUAUUCAUCAAAGAAUUCAUAGCGGGGAUAAAAGAUAUCAGUGUUUUGAAUGUGGGAAGAGCUUCCUGCAUGGGACCCAUCUCACUUCCCAUCAAAGAAUUCAUACAGGGGAGAAACCCUAUCAGUGCUUGGAAUGUGGGAAGAGCUUCAGACACAGCAAAAAUCUCACUACCCAUCAAAGAAUUCAUACAGGGGAGAAACCCUAUCAGUGCUUGGAAUGUGGGAAGAGCUUCAGUCGAAAGGACAAGCUCACUUUGCAUCAAAGUAUUCAUACAGGGGAGAAGCCCUAUCAAUGCUUGGAAUGUGGCAAGAGCUUCAGUCGGAAGGGAAGACUCACUUCCCAUCAAACAAUCCAUACAGGGGAGAAACCAUAUCAUUGCUUGGAAUGUGGGAAGAGCUUCAGUCGAAAGGACAUUCUCACUUCCCAUCAAAGAAUUCAUACAGGGGAGAAACCAUAUCAGUGCUUGGAAUGUGGGAAGAGGUUCAGUCAGAGUGCCACUCUCAUGGCCCACCAAAUAAUUCAUACAGGGUUGAAAGCAUAUCAGCGCAUGGAAUGUGUUUAAAAUUUCACUCGUAAAAAAGUCAAUUCAAGAACUCACAGCAGGGUGAAUAAUAGAAUGGUAGAUUCGGAAUCUAGUCCAACCCCUGCCAAUGCAGAAAAAAACUCAUUUCAAGCAUCCAUGACAGAUGGCCAUCCAACUUCUUCUUAAAUACCUCCAAUGAAGGAGAGUCCACCCCCUUCUGAGGGAGUUCCUUUUCACUGCUGGCUCUUACUAUCAGAAAGUUCUUCCUGAUCUUUAGGAGGAAGCUCCUUUUGUGUUGCUUGAAUCACCUCUUCAGAUUCCUUCAUGACCUUGAGAAGGACUUCUGUAUGUCUGAGAAUGUCCAGGGAUUGGACCAUGCUCUGUAUUCGGGGGGAAACCCAUGGAGAGGAGUCCGAUAUACGGCUUAAGUCAUCUGGGCAUUGGUCAGAUUGUCAUAAUUACAGACAUACUUACUGGUUUGGACGGAAGUGAUUCUUAUUCCGGGGAAGUGGUGACUGUGAGAUUACAGGCGCUCUCACCAAUAUUAUCCAACUGUUCAGUAAAACUUUGACACAGCGGACCAAUAGUUUACCCGCUGAGGUCGAAGUAUUGGGAGGAUAGGUUUAGGGCCGUGUGGUAUUGCUUAAUUGUAUGUGGGGUCCCUAUAAAGGGAACUUCUUCCACUAGGUGGGAGGGAGACUGGUCAAGUUACCAUCAGUUGAAUGCAACAUUCAAGUUAGAUUUUUAAAAAUGGAUUUGCAGAACAAAACUCACAGUUUGAAAGGGAGUUAUUAGGCUCCAGGGUUACAAUAGUACAGUGGUACCUCUGGUUACGUACUUAAUUCAUUCUGGAGGUCCAUUCUUAACCUGAAACUGUUCUUAACCUGAAGCACCACUUUAGCUAAUGGGACCUCCCGCUGCCGCUGCGCGAUUUCUGUUCUCAUCCUGAAGCAAAGUUCUUAACCCGAGGUACUAUUUCUGGGUUAGCGGAGUCUGUAACCUGAGGUGUAUGUAACCUAAAGCGUAUGUAACCCGAGGUACCACUGUAUUUAAAAUGUAUAACAUUACUUGAGUGGGAUACAAAGAAUGGAAUGAUGAAAUCAUCAAUGAGAAGGUGGGCCAGAGAUGUAGGACACAAUAUUGACUUUGCUUUAUGGUAACAACUGUGGAAAGUAAAUUUAAGGUUUACAGCUUGCUACACACUAAGGGAAAACUUCAUGAAGAUGAUGCAGAGGACUCAAUCAAGAUCAUCAAGGGUCUGAAACCAAGCCUUAUGAGGAGGGCUUGAAGGAACUGGGGGGGGCGGGGGCGGCGUAUCUAUUUUAAGUGAAGUUUGCCGAAAUCUACACUUGCGACAUGGGCUGCCAUACAUCCAGAUUUUCCCGGACAUUUCAGCAAUUUCCGCUCAUACGCUGCUUACAGUUCUGGAUGUAUGGCAACCAUGUCUAUAUACAGUGGUACCUCGGUUUUCAAACAGCUUAGUUCCUGAAUAACUUUGAACUCAAAUGCUGCAAACCUGGAAGUCAGUGUUCCAGUUUGUGAACUUCGCUUCGGAAGCCGAACAUGCUCCUGAGCUUCUGUUUUCACUGUUGCGCUGCUAAUUUGUUUCUCCCCAUUGUAAUAAAAGCCUUCCAUUUCCAAUUGCAGUGUUCUGAGG